UAUUCAUAAAAAUUUACCGAUAAUGUUGUAAUGAUAAAAAAUCAAAUUCCACCAUUUUUUGAUGCUCCGUAAAAAAUUUGAAAUCCUUGUCCGCGCUUCCAUCCUUCACUUUCUCUCUCCUCCACAACAAUCGAAUUCAGCCCUAAACAUUCAAAAAUUUCCCCAAAUUCAUGGAAUUUCACUGAAUAAACCCUAAAAUGUCGACGAUUGAGAAGCUGUUUGUGCAAAUUUUCGACCGAAAGAGGCAGAUUAUCGAGAAAUUGAACCACCAGAAGCAACUCUAUGACCAACAUCUGCUUUCCAAGCUCUUAAUUCAGGGCAUUCCUCCUCCUUCUUGGCUCCUCAAUUCCGAUAAUCAAUCUUCAACUUCAGAUCUCACUGCAUUGAACAAGGAAGAGCUUAUUUCAGGACUGUUGCUUCCAAGACCAGGACCUUUUGCCUCUUACACCAGUGGUCCUAGUUUUUUAUAUGAUCAGCCAGUUGUAGCAGAAGCAAAUAGUGGUAUACCAGACGAAACUUGUGCUGGAAAAUGUGCCUCUAGCAAUGGAUUUGAUGAAGAUAGUGUUGCUCCACUGCAUCAUGUUGAUGGCACUGAAGACGUGGAUGGCAUUGUUCCUCCUUGUCAUGUUGAUGGUGCUGAAGAUAUGGCUGACACUAUUCCUCCUUGUCAUGUUGAUGGCACUGAAGAUAGGGCCGGCAUUGUUCCUCCGUGUCACAUUGAUGAUAUUGAAGAUACGGUUGACAUUGUUCCUCCAUCUCAUGUUGAUGAUGGCAUGGACACAUUCAGUUAUGUCCCUAUGUCUCCUGAAGAUCAGAUUGAUACAAGGUUCUCAAAUGUCUGUAAACCUGAGCAAUCUCUUGCAAGAAUACAGAGAUCCAGGUCCCGUCAAAAGGCACUGGAGCUUCGGAAUAGUGCAAAAGCAAGUACUAAAAGCCGUUUAGGGAUGGAGAAUGAUGUUGGUUCUUUUCAUGAUGGAAAAAUUUGUAGAUAUGAUGAACAAUUUGAUUUAAAAAGAUCUCUUGAAUUGGAUGGGCCUUCUGCAUCACCUAUUGAAUUUUGCUCCAAUGAAGAAGUAGCAAUUGGAAAUUGCUCAAACAAAGAGGAUAGUGUUGAUGCUUGUGUUGGAUUUUUGGCACAAGCUACAGGAUUUGAUCCUCUUAUUUGCUCCAAGGAAGAAGCAGUAACUGAAAAUUCUACACACAAGGAGAAAAUUGAUGAUGCCUUAGACGGUCUUUUUACUCAUUCAACAGUUAGUGAGGCAAAGGAGGUAGAUUUGGAAGACAAUCAGAAGAUUGAAGAAAACAGCAACAUUUAUGGUAAUAGGAUUACUAGAUCCAAAGGCAGUUGCCAACAAUUAGGUGGUUCUUUUUCAAAUUCAACAGAUUAUGGGGCAAAGGAGGUAGAAAUGGGAGACAAUCAGAAGAUCGAAGAAACACAACAUUUAACUAGAACCAAGAGUGGCCUGACACAGCAGGUGGAAACUUCCAUUGGAAACAGCAGCAAGCCUUGCAGUGGUAAAAUUACAAGCUCUAAAGAUGAUGAAGCAGAAGAAAGAGAAACAAGGUUUUGGAGAAGCAUGUCUAGGGAGGUGUCUGUAAAACCCAAGCAACUUGAUUUUGAUGAAGUUGAAGAAGGCAAUUUAGGCGACAUCCCCAGCCAUUUAUCAGAUUCUGUUAGUCAGGACAUAUUAGAAGAGAGAGCCAGAGCUAACACGAAGUCUAGCACUUAUCCUGGUAUAUCUUCUUCUAGAGCAUGUCCUGAGUCAUUAGAGUACGAAGCCCAUGGGGUUUUAGGUAGUGAAAUUGCUCAUCAAGUUAAUUCUAAAAGUGACAAAACACCCGGACAGUCCUUGAUUUUGCAACAUUGUGGGGAUGUGUUACAUUCUUCUUUUGACACUGAUACUGAAGAAGUUGCUCGGCCGAGUCGUGGCAGAACCCCAGUUGGAUCAUUGAAAUCGGUGACUGAUUUUGCUCCUUCUGUAGAGAUGGUGCAAUCAGGGAGCCUUUGUAAUAUUGCAGCUGUACGAGCUUCCUCCUCAAGCCAUGAAAAGCAGGUUGGUGGUUCUAAACUAUUUGAGCUUGGAGCUGAAGUAAACAUGCUUCCUAACUUCAAUUGUAGAGAUGACAUGGAUAAUUCUUGGCCAUGUUAUAAGCGGAGGAAAAUCGAAUAUCAGAACCCCAACAAAUCUUCCAGCCCAACUUUGAGGACAAGAACCCUCAAUUUCUCAUAA